AUGCUAAGCCUAAUACUUACAAAUAUAAUCACACAGUCUUCCUCCUCCAACAACAAUGAGAGCCAACUCCGAGCACAAAUCAGUGGCGUUAUGGGCUCAACAUCACUUGCAUGCUGGAUAGUCCUACUCAUGCCGCAACUAAUUGAACAAUGGCGAUUAAAGUCCGCCGAAGGGAUCGCAAUAGGCUUCAUCACCAUUUGGUUUUGUGGUGACUUGUUCAAUUUGGUGGGUGCUAUAUGGGCCCAUUUAUUGCCCGAGGUGGUUUUUCUUGCCGUGUGGUUUUGUGUUGCUGACGCAUUGAUGAUAUGGUCGUUUGUUUAUUAUACUAGGUUCUACAAGAAGAAGCACCAACAUCACCAUCAUCAUCAUUCUCAUCAUCAGGCAUUAGAGCAUCUGGUGGAGCAUCCUGAGCAUGGUCAAGGAGAGCGUGAGUUUGUUGAUGAAUCUGCGCCCUUGCUUCAUAGAAGACGCAGUUCAACCUUGACUGAUAUAGCUUUGGAGCCACAAUAUCAUUCCAUCUUUGUCAAGUAUGUCUUGCCGAUUAUAUUUGUUGUUGCAUGUGGAGUAGCUGGGUUUUUGCUCUCCUCACAACAACUGCAUCCAACUGAGCCCAUAGACCCCCCACCACCCGUUGACGAUGUCAUCGCCCUCGGCCCACAAAUAAUGGGAUACUGCUCAGCACUCCUAUACUUGGGUGCACGAAUUCCACAAAUUAUCCAAAACCACAAACGUAAAUCAGUUUAUGGUCUCAGUUUACUUUUUUUUCUUUUUUCAACUUUAGGUAAUUUGACUUAUGCUGGACAAAUUGUGUUUUAUCGAUCGGACUGGAAUUAUAUUGUGUUGAAUAUGAGUUGGUUAUUGGGGAGUUUGGGUACCAUUGUUGAAGAUGUAAUCAUAUUUGGUCAGUUUUAUAUGUACAAGGAUAAUAACGAAUCAAUUGAAGACGAUGAGGGAGGAGGAGGAGGAGUGUGA